CAGGUUUGUUUCAGAAUUUGUUAAGGUGCUGCAAGCCACGACUUUUAUUCGCUGUGUUCUUUACAAAUUUAUACAUUUCUCAGAAAUGCAUACGAUCCUUAAGGUCUGUGGGAAUGGUCAGCUUGCAUACGAGAACGGGAAAGUUUGGGAAAACAGGAACAGACGAUAAAUACUAAAAACCGGAUUGAUCGACGGAGGUCAAAGUUCAGUCAACGGUAACCUCCAAAUUGUUCUUUGAUCUCAAGCACGUGGUUGCUAUUCGAAGGUUGUGUUUUGAUUCCUCCUGGUUGGCUGCUGGCUCUACUAUCCCUCCCACCUUCCAUCUCCCCCAUCAGUUCAGAAUCUCAACCAUGCUGACGAAAACGAAAAGCGAUCAGACAAAAAUUCGGAACGGGCAGAAAACGUUCCGUAUCUUCUCCAAAAUGACUCGAUCAGCGCCGGCCUAUGUCAGGAUGGAGAAAGAUGUCAAGGAAGUAAUCAAAAAGUGUAAGAAGUCGGAAACCGAUUCGAAUUCCAAGAGCAAAGAAAAUAACAACGUUAUUUAUGCCAAUAAAGAAGCGAAAGAAAAGAAGCCCAAGAAAAAGGGCUGGAAAAGAUUUCGCCAAGCAGCUCUGAUGACAUGUCGUUAUAUCGGUAUGGGAGUCACUCACAUGAGUCCAGCUACUGUUUAUUCUUCACCUGACUACUACGUGGAUCCUAAAUACUGGAACAGAUCUUUCAGUCCAAGUUACAACAAGACAAAAAAUGUACCCAAGACCCCUCACUGGUCCAGUCCUAUCGUGUUCGAAGGCUGGUAAAGUUCCUUGCAGCUGAUUUUCGUAAAAAACCAAAUGUUCGGCAGUGAAAAACUACUCUAAUUCUUAGAUGUUUUGUGACCUGCAAAUGGUGCCAUCUUGUUCUAAGAACUGCCGUAUUUUGAAUGAUGUCUUAAUGCAGAAUAAUUUAUCUAGUCUAUUAACACAAAAAUGAACUGCUUUAGUAAAUGAAUAUCAUUUUCAUGAUUAUUUUUGUGUUUUGUUUUAUAUAGAGAGAGGUUUUAGGGUUAAUUUUUGUAAACCAUUCUGUGAAGUACCAAUUCUUUUCUCAUUUUGUCGGUAUCUUAAAUAUCUGUAUACGAAUUCAACAUCUCAUUCUUAAUCAUUAUUCCUUUUUUUGUUUGAAAAUUAUUUUUACUUAUUAUUAUACAUAUUCUUUGCUAUUCUGCAUGUGUAAUACUAGUCUGAUCGUUUUGAAGCGCGUUGGAAAUAUAAGUGCGUUGCUAUGAUUACUGAUUUCGUUUAAUCUUGGUAAAGCACUUCUGCUAUGUUCUUGUAUGAAAGCUGAGUUCUGAUUUUCAGACUGAUAUGAUUUCUAAUGUCUGCCUUAAGAAUCUGAAUCAUGUUUUUGAACAUAAACAUGAAUUUGUUAAAAAUCAGUGUCUCCUAUAGUAUUUUAUAGAAGCCACUGAAAUUUGCAUUAAAAAUGCGUUCUUAAGAAAGGACCGGAUUCCGUAAGAGGUAAAAAUAACACAGCAGAUCCUGCAAAUGUGUUACAAAGUUUGAAUUAAAAUUCAUAAUCUUGAAUAAUCGUAGUUUUGAAUUACAUUUUUUAAAUUCAUAAAGAAUCUCAGCUCAUGGAAAACAAUUUUAAAAGGGGCUAUUUAAUGUGCAAUGUUUUAUUCAAAAUUAAUAAGUCAAAAUUUGGAAUUUUAAUAUAAUAUGACAAUUUUUAAUUAAUUUUAUGUAAAAUAAACCUACAUAAAAAGAGAAUUGAUUUCCUUAAAGGAAUAAAAAAAAAAAGGCUGUUUUUUUUUUUUUUUUUUUUUUUUUUUUUUUAAUAUUUCGUGUUUAAAAGAACCUUAAACUCCGAAAUCAUUCAGAAUCUAAAGAAAGAGAAACUAAGAUAUUUGUAUAAUUUUUAAUGUAUGUACAGAGUAUUUGUCAGUAUAUAUUUCCAUUUUUUUAUGUUACGAAUGUACAGAGAAAAAGCUCCGGGCAGCAUUUUGAACGAAAACAAUGUUUCUUUUGAAUGUCUGUUUUUAUCAAUAUUUUCUGUAAAACUGCCUGCCUGUGAGAUAAUUUUGUAAAUAGUACUGCUUACUAGUUUUUAAUAAAGAUUUUUAAUCAGUCA